GUGAACUGACGACGCCGGAUUUUCCUGCGGCCAGGAUCGGCGGCACGUCACGUUCUCGGAAGAGAGAGGGAAGGCGAGGUCAGCGGCAGCCUUCUUCUCUCCCGGCCGGCGGGGCUGACAGCGAACAAUCUGGGACCGUCUUUGUUCGACCUGUUGAGCGAGUCCCCCCUCGCAGCAGCACCGCGCUCAAGCCAUGGCCGGCCGGAUUCCUUUGCCCCCAAGAGGUGCACCGCUGCACCAGAGGCAUCAUUCAUGACCCUCAGCCAUGUGGCAGUGGCUCCUCUGGGCGGCCUGCUGCCUGGUGGUGGGUGCGGAGCUUGUCCAGGAGUUUGAGGUGGCUGAGGGUGUGCCGGCUGGCAGCUUGGUGGGUGUCAUUGGGCGGGACACGGGCACUCAGCCACCGUACUUGAUUGUGCCGGCACCUGGCUCAGCUGUGGACUCGGACCUGAGCAUAGACCAGGCCUCUGGACAGGUGCGCACCAGCGUGGUGCUAGACAGGGAACUGCGCAGCGAGUACUCCUUCGUGGCAAUACCACCAAGUGGCGACAAUGUGCGCGUUAGCAUCCGUGUGCUCGAUGUCAAUGACAAUGCACCCGAGUUUCCUGUGGACAGCAUGUCACUUGAGUUUCCAGAGAACACACCUCGAGACGUUAAGCGCACCCUCAGUCCCGCACGAGACCGGGAUUUGGGUGAGUUCAGCACACAGCACUAUCGAAUUGCUUCUGGAAAUGUGGACGGGGCCUUCCGUCUGGCCUCUCAUCGGGAGCGCGAUGAUGUGCUGUAUUUGGACCUACAAAUUAGUGGGGCCCUGGACAGAGAAGCAACGCCCUUCUACAGCCUGCAGGUGGAGGCCUUUGAUGGAGGCCGGCCACCACUGCGGGGCACGAUGACAGUCAACAUCACCAUCCUCGAUGUCAACGAUAACCCACCUGCCUUCAACCAAAGUCGCUAUGUGGGGCGUGUGCCGGAGAAUGCCAGUGUGGGCACCGCAGUGCUGCGUGUCCUUGCCACCGAUGCCGAUGCAGGUGACAAUGGCCGUGUGCGCUACUCCAUCAACCGGCGCCAGAGUGACCGUGAUGGACUCUUUGCUAUUGAUGCCGAGUCGGGCCUGGUGUCCGUCAGCAAGCCUCUGGACUUUGAGGCCAAGGACACCCAUGAGUUGGUGGUGGUGGCGCGUGACUGUGGUGACCAGCCUUUGGAGGCAACUGCCUUUGUGUCAGUGCUGUUGACUGAUGUGAAUGACAACCAGCCGAGCAUUAACCUCAUAUUUCUCAGUGACGAUGCAUCACCCAAGGUGUCAGAGGAUGCACGUCCUGGGGAGCUGGUGGCACGCGUCAGUGUCAAUGACCCCGACUCAAAAGCCGAGUAUGCCAAUGUCAACGUGAGUCUCAGUGGAGGAGAUGGGCACUUCGGUCUGGCCACCCAGGACAACAUAAUCUACCUUGUCAUGGUAGCACAGCCGCUGGACCGAGAGACUCGUGCUCGGUAUGGCAUGUUACUCACAGCCACGGAUCAAGGUAGCCCACCCCUGAAUGCCUCUCGCUCUUUUGAGCUGGCUGUCACUGACACCAAUGACAAUGCACCCGAGUUUGACCAGGACACAUACCAUGCCAGUGUGCUCGAGGUGGCAGACCCUGGCACGUCAGUGCUACAGCUGACUGCUUCUGACCGUGAUGAAGGACGCAACUCACUGCUGCGCUAUUCCAUUCAGCACACCCCAGACACGUACUCGCAGUGGUUCCACGUAGACUCGCGCACGGGCCUGGUGACUACACGCACUCCCAUUGACUGUGAAACAAGUCCUGUGCCACGUGUCACUGUGCUUGCUACAGACAGUGGGGAGCCCCCACUGUCAGCUAGUGCCACAUUGCUUGUCACCAUCAGUGAUGUGAAUGACAACGAACCCAUAUUUGACCAGAGCUUUUACAACAUCACUGUGGCCGAAGAUGAACCCAUCGGCAAGUGUGUUCUCAGGGUGUCAGCCACUGAUCCUGACUGUGGUGUGAAUGCCAUGGUGAACUUCACAUUGGGCGGUGGGCCCAGCAGUGACUUCCGACAGUACUUUGCCGUGCAUCCCAGCACUGGGGAACUGUGCUUGAUAGCCAGCCUUGACCGGGAGCAUAGGAGUUCCUAUGAGAUCCCCAUUGCUGCCACCGAUCGAGGUGGACUAAGCACCAUGGCUAUGGUGAAGGUGUAUGUGCGGGAUGUGAAUGACAACCGGCCCAUCUUCUACCCUCGCGAGUACAAUGUGAGCCUUCGUGAGCAGGACACCCUGGCUGCUACCACACCUGUGGCUGUAGUGGUGGCCAGUGAUGCUGACUCGGGGCCCUUUGGGACCGUCUCGUAUCACAUUGUCAGUGGCAAUGAUUUGGGCAUUUUCCGAGUUGACGCCACUUCAGGCAAGUUAUCCGAUCUAAGGCCAGAUAACAUACUGACAUACCGAACCUUGCCACUGCAUGAGCUCCGGCUCGCAGCACAGGACGGGGGAGGCCUACGAUCGCUGCUCGACGCCCGUGUCUAUGUCAGUGUGCUGGGUCGGGGCCAGCGGCCACCCCUUUUCCAGCGACCGCGCUACGCCUUCCAGGUGCGUGAAGAUGCUGCACCAAGUACUGUCAUCGGCACUGUGGCUGCUGCUGCUGCUGCUAGGGCCCCUGCAGCCGGGGGUGGUCAGCCCAAGGUGCGCUACUCCAUCUACUCUGGCGAUCCUGAGGGCUACUUCUCGAUUGACACCCACCUGGGCAGUAUCCGUGUGGAGCGCCCUCUGGACCACGAGGCACACCCAUUCCUACUGUUGAACGUGCAAGCUACGGCUGGCAUCCAGCCCCCUGCCUAUGGCCACACUCAGGUGAACGUGACAAUCUGGGAUGUCAACGACAAUGCACCACGCUUCGAGAGUGCAGUGCUCAAGCUGAGCUUGCCUGAGAAUGUGGCCGUUGGUACAGCAACAUACGUGGCACAGGCGCACGAUGCUGAUGCAGGGCGAAAUGGCGCGGUACGCUACUCGCUGCUCGAGGCGCCCCCAGGUCUCUUUGAACUUGGGCCUCGGUCGGGGCGACUGGCCCUACUUCGGCCACUGGACUACGAGACGCAGCCUCGCUUGCACCUCGUGUUGGGUGCAGCAGAUGGGGGCACCCCAGUGCAGUCAGCCUCUAUGACAUUGCUCAUUGAGGUGCAGGAUGUCAAUGACAAUCCCCCAGUGUUCGAACGGCCUGUGUACAGUGUCAAUGUGCUCGAGUCCCUGCCAGCCAACUCGCAUUUCCUGCAGGUGAAUGCCACCGAUCGGGACACUGGCAACAAUGCUCGGCUGACAUUUCGGCUGACAGCGAGCAGCGAGUUUGGCAUUUUCCCGAACAGUGGCCUGCUCUACCUCCGUGAGCCACUAGACCGGGAAUCCUGCGAUUUGUACUGGCUCUCAGUUGUGGUUGUGGACAAUGGCAGCCCGGCCAUGUCAGCCACAGCCAGUGUGGAAGUGCAUGUCCUUGACGCGAAUGACAAUGCACCCGAGUUCAGCACCAGUGCCUUGGAGCUGAUUGUGCCGGAAAAUGUGCCAGCAGGCCACCUGGUUGGUCGAGUACAGGCUCGUGACCAGGACACUGGCAGCAAUGCUGUGCUUCGCUACAGCCUGCUGCAUGCCAAUAGCAGCAGCUUUAAGAUCGACCCAGCUACUGGUGAUGUGCACAGCCUGGCCACCCUGGAUCGUGAGGCCCAGGCCAGUUACGAGCUGCUGGUACAAGCUCAAGACCAGGGCACACCCGCACUCUCGAGCACAGCACGGCUGCGGAUUCUGGUGGCCGACGAGAAUGACAAUGCACCAAUCUUUGUGGAACCCCUGGACCGUUUGCUGAGUGUGCGUGAGCAUCAGCCUGCUGGUAGUGAGCUGGUGCAAGUGCGUGCUGUGGAUGCUGAUGAUGGGCCCAACGGUCAGGUCAUCUACGAGAUUGUUCCAGGCAGCGGUCAGCAACGAGAUGGGCGUAUGGCCUUUGCCGUGGAUGCACACACGGGCCGGCUGACCACACGGCUGGUGCUCGACCGCGAGAGCCAGGAGGAGUUCUCACUGGUGCUGGUGGCACACGAUGGGGGCCUGCCACCACGUGAGGCUCGGCUGGCACUGCUGGUGCGUGUGCUGGGCCUUCACCAGCCACCUGGUGUGGCUGCUGGUGGCUCCACCCGGAGGAUGCACGUCCGUGAGGGAGUGGCUGCAGGCACUGUGUUGGGCUCCCUGGCACCACACCCAGCAGGGGCCACCUUUUGCCUCUUGGGGGAUCCACAUGUCUUUGAUGUUGGUCAGCACUCCGGGGAUGUGUUCACUGUGGGGGAAGUGGACUUCGAAACUGCCAGCGAGCACCAGCUGCAGGUGCGAUUGGAUGAUGCUGGCACCACCACACUUAUCCAUGUUCAGAUUCAAGUGGAGGACUUGAACGACUGUGCACCCACCUUUCCGGAGGACCCUGUGCACUUUUCUAUUGCUGAAGACAUCCCCCAAGGAACCGUUGUGUGGACGUUUGCUGCUCAAGACUUAGACAGUGGCGAUAAUGGCAAGUUGGUGUACCAGCUGGAUGAAGAAUGGCCGUCUGUGGGUGCUUUUGAGGUGGAGCCUUCCACCGGAAAGGUGAUGGUGCGCACACCCUUGGAUCGGGAGAGCCAGGCCUCCUUUGUGCUUGUUGUCAAGGCGCAGGACCAGCCAAGCUCGGGGGCUCCAUUGGCAGCUCGUGUCACCUGCUACAUCAGCAUCGAAGAUGUCAAUGACCACAGCCCAACUUUCGCCUCGACUGCAGAGGCUACCAUUGCGCCUGAUGCUCCUGUGGGUGCCAUCUUGCAACAACUAAUUGCCAUUGACUUGGAUGCUGGAGAAAAUGGCCACGUCUCUUACCACAUAGCAAAUGGAAAUGAUGUAGGCUACUUCUCUCUCGACCACAACACAGGGCUGCUGACUGUUGCACAACCUCUGGCAGAGCUGCCCGAGCGGCUCACUUUGAACAUAACUGCCAGCGACAAUGGAUCACCGCGUCGCAGUGCCCACCAGGAGCUGCAUGUGCGCCUCAGUGAGGCACCGCAGCGGCCACCACGCUUUGACCGGCCGCACUACGCAGCUAACGUGUCUGAGGAUGCUCCCGUAGGCACUACCGUGCUCGCAGUUCAUGCCUCAGGAGGAGGAAACCUGUCAUACAGCCUUCCUACUGGCGGUGGCCUUUUUGGGGUGGACACACACACUGGCAUGGUGCACACCUUGGCACUGCUCGACCGAGAGGCACAGGCACAGCACGAGUUUGUUGUGUUUGUGACAGACGGGCAAAAUCAGGAGGACAGCUGCCUGGUGUUAGUGCGGCUCCUGGAUGCCAAUGACCAGAGCCCCGAGUUUGAUGACUCGUGCCGAGGCGUGUCUGUCCCUGAGAAUGGACCUCAAGAGGUGCACACCCUGGUGGCCUGGGACCGCGAUGAAGGCCCCAAUGCUCGUCUUCUCUACUCCAUUGCAGUGGGGAAUGUCGGGGACAAGUUCCGACUGGAGCCCCGCACGGGACGACUGCUGACGAGCGCACCGUUGGACCGGGAGUCGGUGUCUGAGUACCGGCUGACUGUGCUGGCCACAGACCAGGGCAGCCCUGCCCGCACGGGCAGCUGCACCCUGGUGGUGACAGUGGUGGAUGAGAAUGACGAGCCACCCCGCUUUGAGCAGGCAGUGUACAGUGCCAGCGUGGCCGAGGACGCUGCUCCUAACACAACAGUGUUGGCUGUGCGAGCACACGACCCAGACCUAGGACCCGGAGGCCGUGUCUCCUACUCGCUGGCCAACGAGACAGCGGCCCUGUUUCGAAUAGACAGUGACACGGGUGUCCUUACCACAACAGGGUUGUUUGACCGUGAGAAACGUGCCAGCUACACUUUCGAGGUGCAGGCUUCGGACAACGGCCGCUACCAGGCCCACUGGGCCCGUGCCCGUGUGCAAGUCACCGUAGUGGAUGUCAACGACAAUAGCCCCCGCUUUCUUGAGUUCCCCUACGUGGCCCACGUAAGCCCUCAUGCCCCCCUUGGAUCCCAGGUGGCCCUGGUACAAGCCCAUGAUGGAGAUGACGGACCCAAUGCAGAUGUGUUCUAUACCACACCGAGUGGUGGCAAGCUGCACCUCGACAUGGACACCGGACUGGUGACAGUGGCUGCAAGUUUGGUGGCCGACAGUGGUCAGCUGCUGCACCUGGACUUGGUGGCUCGAGAUCGUGGUCGGCCAUCCCGCAUGGCUAGUGGAGUACUGGAAGUGUGGGUAGGGCCCGUGGCAGGCCCACGGCUGGAGUUCUCAAAUGCAAGCUAUGUGGCAAAGCUGCCUGAGGGGGCAGCUGCCACAGGUUCAAAAGUGGUGCAGGUUCAUGCCUCAGCCAGCAACCAGCCUGGCCUGGCUGUCACUUACAGCCUAGGGCCUGACCAGGAUCAUGGGCCAUUUGUGAUCCACCCAACCAGUGGCACUGUGCGUGUGCGGGAUUCCCAGCAGCUGGACUAUGAGGAGCGCCCCGAGCUGGAGCUGCCACUGUGGGCCCAUGCAGAGACACCUUCAGGGGCCAUGCUGCAUGGCUAUGCCCGGCUGUUGGUGCAACUGCUGGACCAGAAUGACAAUUCACCACGCUUCUCCCUAGAGCGCUAUGUGGCCUCUGUCUGGGAAGGGCGCCCUCGUGGAACCUUUGUCGCUCAGGUGUCAGCGUUGGAUGCCGACCAGGGCAGUAGGCUGGUGUACCACAUAGCGGGUGGCAAUGUGGACCAAGCGUUCGUGCUGGAGCCCCCCUUAAGUGGCCGCGUGCGCACCAACACAGUUCUGGAUCGUGAAAUUCGUGACACAUACCUGCUCACCCUUGUGGCUACUGAUGAUGGCCAGCCUCCUCGCACAGGGUCAUGUACUCUGCACAUCACAGUCAUUGACGCCAAUGACAACCAGCCCGUCUUUCCUCCAGACAGUGUCGUCAGCAUUCGUGAAGAUGCCCGAGUGGGCUCCACAGUGACCACCAUCACGGCCAAUGAUGUGGACACGCACCCAAUGCUGCGCUACUCCCUGGCUGAGCCACGUGGAGCCUUUGUGGUGGACCACUUCUCGGGCCGCCUGCUGCUGGCCGAAGCGCUCGACUAUGAGCAGCAGCGCGAGUACCAGCUGCGACUUCACGUCUCCGACACGGCUCAUGUGGCCGAGACCCUGGUCACUAUACGCGUCCUGGACACCAACGAUAAUGCCCCUCGCUUUCUACAGCCCUCUUACAGUGUGCUAAUUUCUGAGUCGGCUGCGCUUGGGUCAUCUGUGGUCACCGUCAGCGCCACUGAUCUCGACUCUGGUGACAACGCCCGUAUCCACUACAGCUUGACUGGCUUUUCAGAUGGCUUUUAUAUUGAUAAACAGACUGGCACAGUGUACACCAACCGAAGCCUCGAGUGGGACCUGACCCAGCCAGUGAUGCAGCUGCUGGUUCGAGCAACUGACAGCGGUCACCCAGCAAAGUCGAGUGUCAUUCCACUCCACGUCCACCUGGCGGACAUUAACCAGAGUGCACCCAAGUUUCUAGAGACUGUCUACAGAGCCAGCAUACCAGAGAACACACUUCCGGGUUCGACACUCCUGCGAGUGUCGGCUAGUGACCAAGACGGGCGUGUGGAGUACCGGCUCCUGGAUACGGCCAGUGGGCGGUUCGUGCUCAGCCGUGGGUCCCUGGUGCUGGCACGGCCGCUGGAGCCACGUGCACGAUAUGCACUGCGUGUUCUGGCCACAGACCUGGGCCGGCCACCACGCAACGCCACUGCACAGCUGCUCAUAAACGUCGAGGGUCAUGGGCCACCAGCAUUUGCGCAAGCCUGUUUUGAGGCGUCCAUCUCGGAGGCUGCACCACUCGGCCACACACUGCUGCAUCUGGGCCCUUCAGUGCCAGGCCUGCGCUAUGCCAUCAGCUCUGGAAACCGGCUUGGGUGCUUCCAAAUUGACGAAGCUGGUGACCUGGUUGUGGCCGCAACGCUGGACUAUGAUGUGGUUACCGAGCAACGACUUGUGGUGCGCGCCACAGACAACAAUGGUCGGGCAGCAUUGACUAGCGUGCUGGUACGCUUGCAGGACGAGAACGACAAUGCACCCCAGUUUCCGUUGGCCGAGUACGUUGCCUCAGUUGAAGAAGGCGCGCCCCUGGGCAGCCCACUUCUUGUGGCACGAGCCAUUGAUGGCGAUAGGGGCCCAUUCGGCAGGCUCAACUACUCGCUCAUUGAAGGCGCCCAGCUGGUCAGCGUGGACAGCUCCACAGGUGCCCUGACCUCGGCCACCGUGUUCGACUACGAGGCACAGCCACACUUCCAGCUUACAGUGCGUGCCACCGAUGCAGGCGGACGUUGGGCAACGGCCCGUGUUCACGUCCACGUUCUCAGUCGAGACGAGUUCGUGCCGGUGUUUGACCAGGAAGAGUACAGGUUUGCUGUGCCCUUAGGUGCCCCCAUAGGGCAUGUGGUCGGGCAUGUUCAUGCAACCGACCGUGAUCGUGGACCCGACGGCCGUGUGCUGUACCAUAUUCAUGGUGGCAGCGUCCACUUCCGUGUGAAUGCAUCUUCAGGCACACUAUCCGUUCGUGCCCCAUGGCCUGGUGGUAGCCGGCUUCAAGUGGUGGCCAGCUCGGGUCGACGUGGCUCCUUGGUGGCCACCACUGGAGUAACCCUGGAGGAGGCACCAGCAGCACCUGCUGCUGCUUCAGCGUCGCGUGGCCUGCCAGCCUGGGCAUUGACCUUGCUGUUACUUGCAUUGACAGCAGUGGCUGGGCUUGCAGCUGCUGUGGCGCUUCUGCGGGGCCGACUACAGACCAAGCGGCCUGCCGAGCCUAGCUUGGACACUUCAUUUGACACGGUUGACUUGCGGCGGGACCCAUUUCCAGCCUUCUACGAGCGGCCUGAUGAUGCAGCAGUUGCCAUGCACACUUCCGAGGUGUCUGAGCAGUCAAGUGGACGUGGCUCGGCUGAAGAUGAAGACGAGGAGAUUCGCAUGAUCAAUGAAGGGCUGCGGCCACAAGGCGACAGUGGUUCUGACAUGUCGGUGCGCAACACCCACGAAUACUUGGCCCGACUGGGCAUUGACCCUGCAGCACCGAUUGACUCGUGGGCAAAAGCACCCAGUGCUCCUGCUGAUGAUGAAGACUUAUCAAGUUUGCUCUAUGCAAAGCUGGAUGAACCAACCGAGAGCCUUGGUGAGCCAUCAAUGACAGGCUCAUUAAGCUCCAUUGUGCAUAGUGAAGAGGAGCUGGCUGGCUCAUACAAUUGGGACUACCUGCUUGACUGGGGCCCACAGUACCAGCCACUGGCGCAUGUCUUUGCUGAAAUUGCCAGGCUCAAGGAUGAUGUGCGGGCCGGUGGUGCCCCACCACGGUCCCCUGUUGGAGGUGCAGUCGAUGACAGUUAUGCUGCCGCCCUGUCGCCCUCUUUCUCCCCUGCACUGCUGCCGCUGGCCUCCAGGUCACCUUCACCACUGCCCUGUUUGCGUCGUACACCACCAGACUGACUUGUGCCAUGCUCUGUAAAAAGCUACUUAUUCUUAAAUACUGAUUCCACUGGCUGCAUACAUUCCGACUUACUGCAACAGGCAACAGAGGGAAAUAGCGACGUGUAAUGUUCUGCCUCUGCAAACCAUGUAAAACUGUUAAUGCAUCCUUCUGUUUACCAGGUUGUGAGCAUAUCAUUUUGUGUAUAUGCAUUUCACUACAUAUCCAUCACCAUAUACUGGAGCAGUGCACUGGCAUCUGCACUCAGUUAACGUUAGCUACAUGAUACAGACCUUGGAGAUCCUAUCAUAUAGGACACGUCAUACAAUGAAUAUAAAACAAAAGUAGAUGGGCACACCUGUCUGACCUCAUUGCUAAUUUUGACGGCAGCCAUGCUGUUCCAAGUUGAGGUAUCUAAAUGGUGGAUCAAAUUCAGCACAGUCGUUGCAAAAUGUCUUUUUAUAUCAACCACUCCUGCAUCUACUGCCAGCUUUUGCAGCUACGAAUUCCACUGUGCAGUGUCUGUGCAAGUGUGUACGCUAGAUUUGUAGCGCUUCACAGAUUGAGGAGAGCUAGUCUUGCCUCACAAAAGGACUGCAGUCAAUACUAACUGAUGAAAUGUAGUUUACCUACUGCAUUGACAGAUGGACAACCAUAAAAUGUGCACAACCCAACCAUUGGCUGCAACUGAGGGUCCGUACAGGCCUUGUUCCUAAACAAUCCAUUUUAAUUAUUGCAUGUAGACUGUACAUUAUAAGCUAUGUGCUCAAGAACACAUCUCCCUUCCAAAGUCACACAAUUGUGGUGAAAACAUGUGUAUAUCAUCCAAGCCAUUGCCUCAUUAACUUAUGCUUUUCAUUAUGUGUUUUCUGUGCAGAAUAUAGUUGCCCAAGCAUGUAUUGCAAAUGAUAUGACAAGUGAGCGCAGGGUGCACUGAAAGAGCUACAUACUGUGUAACAAUACGCUGACAUUUAGCAAUGCCUCUGCCUCCAGCCUCCGUUCUGUAUUUUUGAAAGUUCAGUGUGUUCACGAUGAUGUAUGUUUAUGUAGUGUCAUAUUUUCUGAACAGGAAGUUUUGAAAUUUG